AUGAGUGCUCUCAGCAGUUCUUCGACUAGGAGGGGAAGUUGCGAUGUGCUUGAGCCGACGUGUUCGCCUGGGAAUUCUUCGAUCAGACUUACUUCUUCCGUACCGACAGUCACGGGCUCGAAUCAGAACGCACCGUCUUCCCAAGCGAUUGGCAUCCUCGUUAUGGGCCUCACGGGCGCUGGCAAAAGCACAUUCAUUUCACAAGUUACCCAAAAAAGUGCAAAGAUUGGGCAUUCGCUAGAGUCAUGUACAACGGAUGUUACCUUCCAGUCAUUUCAACGAAAGAAUGGCCAGAAAAUCUAUCUCAUCGACACACCAGGUUUCGACGAUACUCACAUGGAGUAUGCAGCCGUCUUCCGAAAAAUCGCUUCAUUCGUCUGUACCUGCUGUGAUGGUUAUGGGCGUGGCCUUCCUAUAGGCGGAAUGAUCUAUGUCCAGCGGAUAACCGACAUGCGGAUGUCCGGGUCUUCGCUCAAAAGCCUCCGGAUAUUUGAAAAGAUCUGCGGCGAGCGACAAUACAAGGAUGUUGUAGUUGUGACGACGAUGUGGAGUUCUCUCAAAACGAAUGAAGCACGAGAUGCCGCGAUGAUGCGCCAGAAGACGAUGGGGGAAAGGCUUGAGUUCUUUGGAAAUUUGAUAAGAGGUGGAGCUUCAAUAGAGGCACACCGAGACGACAACCAGAGCGGGCUCAGUAUUGUCGAACUAAUAGUAGAUAGACAGAGGACGGUGGUUUUGCAGUUACAGCAUGAGAUGAGAGGCGGCGCAACAAUGAAAUUGGAAGGAACGACAGCGGGCAAGUACGUGGAGGGCGAGCUUGCGAACACGCGCGACAGGUACGAAACGCAAAAACGAGACUUGGAAGAGUGUGUAGAAGAGGUUUGUGACGAUGAGGACUUGAAGAACGAGUUCACCGAGCAAGUCCAAGACCGCGCUCGCCUUGUUGACAAUAUCAAAGUUGAACAAGAAAGUCUUUCAGUCACGCUUGAAGACAUACGGAAUGAGCAGGAGGCACGAUUUAGUAUGGGUCGCCAUGACCUGACUGAAGAUGUUCUGCUCAAAGUCAAAUCUACGCGCCUAUUCGAGCUCGAGGAUACGGUUCAGCGGCAGGAGAAGAUGAUCAUGAAAGGCCAGGCACAACUUAGGGACGUGCAAGAUCGCAACAAGAAGCUUGAAGCAACCAGAAAAGAACAGGAGGAAACUAGAGAUCGCGAACAAACUACACGGGAGGACAGAAUAAAGGAGAAGCGAACGUCUCAAGGUGAAGUUGCGUCGUGGAUGCGAAACUUCUCUAUUGGAAGAGAUCUCAGAGACUCUGGACAGCCAUUGCGUCGAGCUGAAUCUAUGCCCAUGGAGACAAAGGCAGCCAAAAAGGCCAGUACAAAGUCCCGGAAAACGCGAAGCAGGUCUAAGGGUCGCCAGGGUAGCAAGCCCAACACCAAGCGCACAUCUUCGGAUGAGCAGGUGAGACAUGCUUUGGCUUCUUCUCAGUACCGUCAGGAGCACCUGAACCACGAGCCUGGAUUUCUUUAUGUAUCAGAAAGUGAUUACGAAAGCGAGAAUGAGGACUCUGCGGCUCCGGUGCAUGCACCACAUCAUACCCAUUCAUAUACACCUGCGACCCCGUCUACACUUAACAGUCACUUUCACGUCCCGCAUCAUGAUGUAUCUUUUGAUCCCACUGGAACGAUGCGCGUUCCGCCGCCGCUGCCGCAAAAUCCCUUGCGAAGAAUCCUGCAUCCUGUCGGCUCACCAUACCACCAACACUCUCUCAGAUCUGCUUCCUACAGCAGCACCCCUCCUGGUGAGCCCAAUUACCGUAGAUAG